GGCCCUAAUUAUCAAAUCGUGUCCGCCCCGGUUUUCCCUAGCUGUAUCCGUGUAAGCAACAGACUCUGCUUACCUUUGCUGCCAGUCGUCCAACUCCAUGCCGAAUCGGUUUUCGUCUCCCACGCAUCCAAAUCUAUAAACGUGCUGCUCGAUAGCCAGGGCGCAGCAGGGCAGCGACAGAUCGAAGUAGCAAGACGAACUUUGGCACGAGAUCUGCGAAACCCCGAGGCGCGAUGGCGAGCCGGCAGCUGCAGGUGCUGAGCGCGCUGGACGGCGCCAAGACGCAGUUGUACCACUUCAGGGCGAUCGUCGUCGCCGGCAUGGGUUUCUUCACUGACGCCUACGACCUCUUCUGCAUCUCGCUCGUCACCAAGCUCCUCGGCCGCAUCUACUACGCCGACCCCUCCAGCCCUAACCCUGGCUCGCUGCCGCCCAACGUGGCCGCGGCCGUCAACGGCGUCGCGCUCUGCGGGACCCUCGCCGGCCAGCUCUUCUUCGGCUGGCUCGGCGACAAGCUCGGCCGGAAGAGCGUCUACGGCAUGACGCUAAUGCUCAUGGUCGUCUGCUCCGUCGCCUCCGGGCUCUCGUUCGGACACACCCCGGCCAGCGUCAUGGCCACGCUCUGCUUCUUCCGCUUUUGGCUCGGCUUUGGCAUCGGCGGCGACUACCCUCUGUCCGCCACCAUCAUGUCCGAGUACGCCAACAAGAAGACGCGCGGAGCCUUCAUCGCCGCUGUCUUUGCAAUGCAGGGCUUCGGCAUCCUCGCCGGCGGCGUCGUCACGCUCGUCCUCUCCACGGUUUUCCGUAACGCGUUCCCGGCGCCAGCGUACCAGGUCGACGCCGCCGCGUCCACCGUGCCGCAGGCCGACUACGUGUGGCGCAUCAUCCUCAUGCUCGGCGCGCUGCCAGCGGCGCUCACGUACUACUGGAGAACGAAGAUGCCGGAGACGGCGCGGUACACGGCGCUGGUCGCAAAGAACGCGAAGCAGGCCUCGCUGGACAUGUCCAAGGUGCUUCAAUCGGAGAUCGAGGCGGAGCCGGAGAAGCUCGACGAGAUCAUGGCCAGCGGCGAGGAGUACGGCCUCUUUACGUCGCGGUUUGCCAAGCGCCACGGCCUCCACCUCCUCGGCACGGCGACGGCGUGGUUCCUGGUCGAUGUCGCGUACUACAGCCAGAACCUAUUCCAGAAGGACAUCUUUGGCAGCAUCGGCUGGAUCCCCAAGGCGCGCACCAUGAACGCGCUCGAGGAGGUGUUCCGCAUCUCCCGCGCGCAGACGCUCAUCGCGCUCUGCGGCACCGUGCCGGGCUACUGGUUCACCGUGUUCCUCAUCGACGUCAUCGGAAGGUUCUGGAUCCAGCUCGUGGGGUUCGCCAUGAUGACCGUUUUCAUGCUCGGCCUCGCGGUGCCUUACCACCACUGGACGACGCCGGGCAACCACGUCGGCUUCGUCGUCAUGUACGGGCUCACCUUCUUCUUCGCCAACUUCGGGCCGAACGCAACGACGUUCAUCGUGCCGGCCGAGAUCUUCCCGGCGCGGCUCCGGUCGACCUGCCACGGCAUCUCGGCUGCGGCGGGGAAGGCCGGUGCCAUCAUCGGGGCGUUCGGGUUCCUCUACGCGGCACAGUCGCCGGACCCGGCGCACGUGGACGCCGGGUACAAGCCUGGGAUCGGCGUGCAGAAGGCGCUGUAUGUGCUCGCUGCGUGCAACCUCCUGGGGUUUUUGGUCACGUUCCUCGUGCCGGAGUCGAAAGGGAAGUCGCUCGAGGAGAUGUCCGGCGAGGCCGACGCCGAGGAAGGCAACGGCGCCAAUAAAGUCCGCCCGUCGGGAGAGCAGCUGGUUUGAAUAGUUUUGAUCCUCGAGAAGGCAACACACGCAUACGUGCAUGUUUGCAUGCGACGAGUUUUUUUUGUGUCGUGACCGGAACUUUGUGUAGGUGUAUACAGUAAAUUUUGUCACUGUUACAUGGUAGGCAUCGGUUGAUAUUACGCUUGAUCUUAGCCAAAAGGUCGACAAAAAUAUACUAUUUGUUAGAGAAAGGAAACAUCAAGAUUUUAGAUCUCUCGACUUUUUAAUUUUUUUUGCAGAGAGAAACUUGUGUUACUUAAUUAAUGAAGAUUAGA